AUGUUGUCUAGAACCACUUUAGGAAUUGCCGCCGCCGGCGCGGGCAUUUGCUUUAUCGGCUAUUGUUUUUAUUUUGACAGAAAACGAAGAAGCGAUCCUGAUUUUAAAACAAAAUUGAAAGAAAGAAGGAAAAGGUCAAGGCAGCAGAAAUCUAGAAAUGGAUCCUCUACACUUCCAGACCUCACAAACCCAGAGGCCUUGCAGAGAUUUUUCCUCCAGGAGGUGCAGAAAGGAGAAGAGUUUCUGGCCAUGGGUGACAUUGAAGAAGGAGUGGAGCAUCUGAGCAAUGCUGUGGCCGUGUGUGGCCAGCCACAGCAACUGCUGCAGGUGCUGCAACAGACUCUACCUCCUCAGGUCUUCGCACUUCUAGUACAGAAGUUGCCUUCUGUUGGUGCACGCUUGGCAGCUGCCGGAGGAGGAGCAUCUGAGAGUCGUCCCAGUGAUGGAGUCGUGGUCGAUGAGACUGUUGAUUAG